AUGGACAGAUUGGCAUUCAACAAAGUCUAUGUCUACAUUUUUAAGGGUUUACCAAGUGAGAGGAGUUUGACUGAACAGCUUAAACGGUGCACAGGUACCUUUGGACGUGUUCAUCUGGUGAAGGAAAAAAUGGGCAAACGUUACUUUGCACUGAAAGUAAUGAGCAUUCCUGAUGUCAUUCGACUGAAGCAAGAGCAACAUGUGCACAAUGAAAAGUCAGUCUUGAAAGAAGUCAACCACCCCUUUUUGAUCAGAUUAUUUUGGACCAACCAUGAUGAACGCUUUUUAUACAUGUUAAUGGAAUAUGUGCCAGGAGGAGAACUUUUUAGUUACCUGCGCAACAUGGGGCGUUUCAACAACAGCACAGGACUGUUUUACUCAACAGAAAUUAUUUGUGCAAUAGAAUAUCUGCACUCCAAAGAAAUUGUUUACAGAGACUUAAAACCUGAAAAUAUAUUACUAGACAAAGAAGGACAUAUCAAACUUACUGACUUUGGAUUUGCUAAAAAGCUGGUGGAUAGGACAUGGACACUCUGUGGCACUCCUGAGUACCUUGCACCAGAAGUUAUACAAAGCAAAGGCCAUGGAAGAGCUGUGGAUUGGUGGGCCUUGGGAAUUCUUAUAUUUGAGAUGUUGUCAGGGUUUCCUCCAUUUUUUGAUGACAAUCCAUUUGGUAUAUAUCAGAAGAUUCUUGCUGGCAAAAUAGAUUUCCCGAGGCAUUUGGAUUUAUAUGUAAAAGACCUUAUUAAGAAGCUGCUUGUGGUUGACAGGACAAGACGAUUAGGAAAUAUGAAGAACGGAGCAGAUGAUGUGAAGAGACAUCGAUGGUUCAGGUCUAUAGAUUGGGACGCUGUACCUCAAAGGAGAUUAAAGCCUCCCAUAGUACCAAAAGUAUCCAAUGAUGGGGAUACUUCCAAUUUUGAAGCUUAUCCUGAAGAUGACUGGAACCAGAUGCCUCCGGUACCCCCUAAAGAUCUAGAAAUUUUCAAGAACUUCUGAGUGCAACAUCUACACUGGACGAGAAACUGGAAGGAAAUUGAAGUGCUAAGAGCAAGUCUGAAGAAAAAUGGAGUUCAUACGUAAAUGAAGACUUUCUUUGUGGAUAAGAAUGAUACUGCGUUCAGAUAUGUGUAUUAGUAUAUAUAUAUAUAGUAAAUACCUAAAGAAUUGGAGGCGGGCAAGAAUAGUUUUUUGCGGUAAACAUUUGACAUUAGUAAAUUGUAAUAUUGAUAGUCUACUCUGAAGUAGGCUUACUAAAAUGGUAUAUUUUAGGAUUUUUUUUUAACUUAUGUUUUAGUUAAGUUUCCUGCAAUUCCCAGAUCCUUUUUGCAUAGUUAACUCAUAGACUUAAUUUUAUAAGUUUAUACUAAACUUGUGUAAUUAAAAGCACAAAUUAGUAUAUAUGUAUAUAAUGAAUACAAUACAACUAAAGCACAGGAACUGUGCAAAGAUGUAAAUUUUUGUAC